AUGAUUGAGAUACGGUGUUCAGGAACACCAUUUGAGAUCGGCUACCAGCAUGGUACGGCCGCCAGAGACAAGGUAGAAGGAUCCCUUGCCUUUUACAGAGGCUUGUUUCAGUCCAGCUGCCGUCUGGAUUGGGCAUCUGUUCUCCAAGAGGCCGCCAAAUACGUCGAGUUUUUGCGCGGAGAUUGCCCUAGAUACUAUGAGGAGAUGCAGGGCAUUGCCAAAGGCGCCAAUGUGGACAUCCUGGACAUCGUUGCUCUGAAUGUUAGAACCGAGAUCAACUUUGGACUUUUCACUGCAGAUCAGUCACUGCCUGUGCAAAGCGACGGGUGCACGAGCGUGGCAUACAAGAACAAGACAGGCGACGUUCUACUCGCCCAGAAUUGGGAUUGGCAGAAGGAACAAGCUGCCAACCUUUUUGUUUGCCACAUCAGUCAACCGGGCUCAAAGCUCCCCGACAUUUCCAUGGUCACCGAGGGCGGGGUCAUCGGGAAGAUUGGGUUCAACUCGAGCGGCGUGGGAGUUUGUUUGAACGCAAUAAGAGCGCGGGGAGUAGAUGUCUCCCGAUACCCCAUCCACGUCGCACUGAGAAAAGCGCUCGAGUCCGGCUCGGCGAGAGCAGCUGCCAACGCUAUUAGUCUCAUCGGAACAGCCGGGAGCGGCCAUAUUCUCGUAUCUGAUCAGUCAGAGGCCCUCGGAUUGGAGUGCACAAGUGUUGGUAUAAAGGAACUUCAGUUGAAUAAUGAAGGCAUUUUGGUCCAUACCAACCACCUGCUUCUGGACCAUGCUGGUGUUGAAGAGGUCCCUUGGUUGGGUGAUUCUCCUCGGAGAUUAGACCGCUUCAAUCACCUUAUCACGAAUGCGGUUGCAUCCGCGGCGUUUAGCAAGGAUUCACUCUUCGAGCUCUUCAAAGAUGAAAACGGCUAUCCUAGCUCUAUCAAUCGCCGUCAAACCAAGUCGUGCAAAAGUGAAACACUAUUCAACAUCAUCAUGGAUUUGGCGGCGUGGAAAGGCACGGUAUCGGUUGGGAGACCAACAGAGCAGUCCCAACGUAUAGAGAUAGCUUUGCGCUCCAAUGAACAAUGA